AUUCAAUAAACAAUAAUGUUGGCAGUUGUUCUGAUAGUGACCGCUCUCGUCACCGCACAGGCUGGGCCAUCACCAGUGCUCCCAGAGGAUCGGUACCUCCAAAGUGAGAACGAUGAUAGGCCAUAUGACAUUGCACAAAGAAUAGCGAGAGAUGGUUAUUACUCGGAAUCCCACAACGUGAUUACCAGCGAUGGAUACAUCCUGGAAUUAGUUCGAAUUCCCUACAAGCGCUUCGAGUUCUGGAGGAAUCCAUUUGCUCCAAAGAAGCCCGUUGUGUUUUUGAUGCAUGGACUUCAGGGCUGUGCGAUAACCUACAUAACCCUGGGUGCGAAACGUAGCUUAGCAUACAACUUGGCUGAAGCUGGUUUCGAUGUUUGGUUGGGGAAUGCGAGAGGGGCUUUGAAUUCCAGAAAACACUUGAUAUUGGAUCCCGAUAAUCCUGAUCAUGCGGUAAAAUUCUUCGAUUACACUUUCGAAGAUAUCGCUACUAAGGACCUUCCUGCUAUGAUCGACGCUGUUCUCAGAAUCACGAAGCAAGAAAAACUUCAUUAUGUCGGACAUUCUCAAGGAGCAACUGCCUUUAUUACUUUGAACUCUGUAAAGCCAGAAUACAAUGACAAAUUCUUAUCAGCUGACUUGCUAGCUGGCGUCGGCUAUCAGGACCACUUCCCAACCAAAAUUAUAGAUGAAAUCGCCAAACAAACUGAUUUAAUAUUUGCCUUAGCUCGCAGACAGGGUUUGAUGGAAAUUGGACAUUUAAAAAAGAGUUCAAUCGUAGAGGACUAUAAGAAUACAGAGGAGGUUGAAGCAGCGAACGCCUUAAAUAAAUUUCUUUCAUUGCUGGAGGGAAUUUUAAUGCUUGGACGUCUGGAGAUAAUAGCGGGAGCAUCUAUCAAGCAAUAUGCGCACUUUGGACAAAACAUCAGAGAUAAAUCUUUUAGACGAUACAACUACGGUGCUCUAAGAAAUCUAGUGAGAUACGGCAGCCUCGAGCCUCCUAAGUAUGACAUCAGUCGCAUCACCGUGGAUUUAACGAUGCAUUACGCUAUGUCCGAUGUUCUACUGAGUGAAGAAGAUGUUUUAAAUAUGGCCAGAGUUAUUCCAAACGCUAAAGCUCGCAGAGUAGAGAGAGAAAGCUUUGGACACAUGGAUUUCGUUAUAUCUAAUGAUUCUAAGGAAUUAGUCACUGAUUUUAUCGUUGAAAAAUUAAAAAAUUCUUACCUCUGAUACGGAAAAUUUAAUUAUGUAAAUAUUAAAUAUUUUUAGUAAACCAAUUAGGAUGGGAUUAAUGAGAUUAAACUAAAAAGACUAAAAUGAGUCUGAAAAGAAAAUUCUCUACUAUGUUCAUUUAAUUUGAAUAUUUUAUGUAACCAAACAAAGCUUUAUAACUUAAAUAUGUGUUGUGAAGUACUUACUGUUCGAAAUUAUUAUAAGUGUAAAUAAAAAAAAAGG